AUGGAACAACUCCACAAGCAACACACGACCGGAUUUCUAUUGAGUGGCAACGCAUACCAGUCAUCAACAUUCUCAUCAUGUACUGCUGACAAAGCUUUGGACGGCGAAAAGGAAUACAAUGAUCUUCCAUGCACGUGCAGUGUUACAGCUCCUAAUGAAUCCCCUCGGUGGUGGGAAAUGGAUUUUGGAUCGAAGCAUUUGAUUGAUUCUAUUGUUGUCACGGGUCGUACAGAUACCGUGGAACAAAGUCUAAACCUUGCUGCCUACAUCAGCAACAACACGAUGGGUCCUAACAACGAAUGUCCUACCGGCAGUUAUGGCGACAAGUGCUCCAGCAAUUGCAGUCAACAGUGUAUUGCUGAAGAAUGUCACCAUGUCAGCGGGAUAUGCAACCUUGGAUGCAAGCCUGGUUAUGAUUUCCGGAUAGAUCCUAAGUGUGAAACACUAUGCGAACUUUGCAAAUACGGAGAAGGCUGCAUACACGAUUGCCACUGUGCAAAUGGAAACAUAUGUGAUGGUGUAACAGGGGACUGUGCUCCACCGGAAUGUGAGCAGGGAUGGACUGGGUCCUCAUGUAACUCCCAUAAAAAUGAUGAGCGGAGGUUUACCGCUUCCGAGGUUGCCGGGGUGGCUGGAGGUUCGGUAGGAGGAUGUCUUCUGCUGCUCGGACUGGUCUUUGCAAGUGUUCUUGUAUAUAGAAGAUACAAGUCAACCUCGACGAAAUCAGACACAACUAACGCUAUACCAAACAUCGACUAUGUUAAUACGGGGAGAACAUACGAAGGCCUCUUUGUAAUGCCACUUCAAAACAUCGAUGGACAUACAUAUCAGACAAUCCAGAACUGA